GCCUGCCCGCCCGCCUACGAUGGCCGCUGGGGUAGGCUCCAGCGCGCCCCCGUGGUGGACAAGCAGUACACAAAAUGGAUGCAGGGCUUCAGAUGUUUAUUCGCCCGCCCUUGCCCUGAUGUGAAAAGUCCAGACGGUGACUAGGUGCAUGCAUGCACAUACUACUUUGGACUCAUCCAUCAUUAGCAGAGGGAGAGUCAUGCUGUGCCUGAGUCCCGUUGGAAUAAAAUGCACAGAGGGAGGAUUCAAGAGUCCCACCUGUGGAUUUCUCUCUUCAAAAUGCCCAAUUUGACCAAAGCUUUGCUUUUAUUUCUGUGUCUCCUUCUAACGGGGGAAUGCCGCCAUCGCCAGAGGAGAUGGACGGGCACCGUGGAGAUCCGAAAGCAUGGCUCCUCGUUGGCAAAGAAGCCCCCGGAUGUGACCAAGUCUCGCAAAACGAAGACGGAGCAUCUCAUCAAAGUAGAUGAUCAUGACUUCACCAUGAGGCCAGCGUUUGGAGGUCCCGCUAUCCCCGUGGGAGUAGAUGUUCAGGUGGAGAGCUUGGACAGCAUCUCGGAAGUUGACAUGGACUUUACCAUGACCUUGUACCUGCGACAUUAUUGGAAAGAUGAGCGUCUGUCAUUCAGCAGCAGCACCAACAAGAGCAUGACAUUUGAUGGGCGCCUGGUGAAAAAGAUCUGGGUGCCUGAUGUAUUCUUUGUCCACUCCAAGCGAUCUUUCAUCCACGACACAACCACUGACAACAUCAUGCUGCGUGUCUUUCCUGACGGCCACGUGCUUUACAGUCUCAGAGUUACAGUGACUGCAGCUUGUAACAUGGACUUCAGCCGAUUUCCUUUGGAUUCUCAGACUUGCUCCUUGGAGUUGGAAAGCUAUGCAUACACAGAUGAAGACUUGAUGCUUUACUGGAAAAGCGGCGACGAAUCCCUCAGCACCGACGAUCGGAUUUCCUUAUCGCAGUUUCUCAUCCAGAAAUUCCACACCACAUCUCGCUUGGCUUUCUACAGCAGCACAGGCUGGUACAAUCGGCUGUACAUCAACUUCACGCUGAGACGCCACAUCUUCUUCUUCCUGCUGCAGACCUAUUUUCCCGCCACAUUAAUGGUCAUGCUAUCCUGGGUGUCCUUUUGGAUUGACCGCCGCGCUGUGCCAGCCAGAGUUUCCCUGGGAAUCACCACUGUCCUAACCAUGUCCACCAUCAUCACCGGCGUGAACGCAUCGAUGCCCCGAGUAUCGUACAUCAAGGCGGUGGACAUUUACCUCUGGGUUAGCUUUGUCUUUGUCUUCUUAUCGGUGCUGGAGUAUGCUGCCGUCAACUACCUGUCCACUGCCCAGGACCGCCGGGCACGGAAAAUGAGAGCGCGGGCGCAAUCGCAGUCCUUGCCCUGCACGUGCGGCAUUUCCCAGACCCGGACAAUGGCAAUGUUAGACGGCACCUAUAGCGAGGCCGAUACCAACAGUCUUGCCGGCUACACAGAAGAGCCCAUGGUGCCUGAGGAGGAGCAGGAAGAAAUGCAUGACGUUUCCGAAAAAACGGAUCAUAUGGUGGUUCAUCUGUCAGUGAGCAGCGAGUCCACCACCAUCAAGAAGAAGAAGAGCCUGCGUACCCUAAACAUCAUCCAAAACACGCAUGCCAUUGACAAAUACUCCCGUAUGAUUUUUCCCGGCUCCUACAUUUUCUUCAACCUCAUCUAUUGGUCUGUCUACUGCUGAUCACAUGCACGAAUGAUUUAGAGCUGCACUCCUAGAAAAUACAAGCUUUAUUCAAAUGUUAA